GUGUACGUUUAGUUACUGGGGUUCGGCGGCUGUAGGCCCACCCGCCGUGGAACACUUCCUUUUUAUAUCUUCAAUAAUAUAUCACAUGCGUCUUGGUAAGUGGCAGUAGCAACCGUCUGUUUUCUCGCAGAGAAAAAGUGACGGGAGAUGGGAAGAUAAAAAGAGCGGCUGGCUGGCUGGCGGGCGGUACAAAGUCGAUGAGCCUUCAGGCCUCUUUCUUCUCCAACACCGUCUGUGCAGCUCUUCCAACUUGCCGUCCAGGCGACAGUAAAUCGCCAAUGGUUUCCCUGUACGCCAGGAGAGGAGAUGAGACCGAGCUGGAGGCACGGCUCUCCGUGGACCUCGAUCCAAACAGCAGCAGCAGCAGCAGAAACGCAGCAGCCACCAGCAUAGCAUAUUUGCCGCCGUUCAGCAAGCCUUUGACUAUACGUAUCGCCAUAACCUUCGACGGGGUCUUGCUAUGCCCGGAGAACACGCCAAACCUCUUUAACACAUUGAAGCAGAUGAUGGAAGCCUCGAACAUCUGGGACCGGUUGUGCUUCAGGAAGAUGAUCUUCAGCGGCAGCAGAGACAGCAACACCACGUUUGGGAUCGACCUCCACGACGAGUUGUUCGACGUGGCCACAAUCAACGACCUGCUUCUUUCGUCCUCCGAGCAGGUGAGCUUGAACAGCUUGCAGACAGAAGUGGUGAAGUCAGUUGACAUUGACGUGCACGUGCACAACACGAACGGUUUCAAAGAAGCAUGGAUCUUGGGCAGUUCAAUAAAGGAUUUGAACUUCAUCUUUUUCCAGUGCUUUUUGAAGCUAGAGGCGCAUCUGCCGUUGCUCUUCAACUACAUCUCCAGAUCGACGUACCUUGCAACCAAGAACGUCAUUCCGCCAAUCGUCGCGUCGUGCUUGAAGAGCAACGAGACGUACAUGAUUGAGCAAAGAAGUGUCUUGGCCGGCAUCAUCAAGUCUUUGUGCCACUGUCCAACGUGGAUCGAGAGCGUGCACUUGUGGGACCGUUCCAAGUUGAAGAGGGAGUUUUCCAAAGAAGACGGCUUUUCCGUCACGUGGUUCUACCCCUUUUACGACACAACCGGCAAUCACGCCUCCUUGUAGUUGUACCUUAGUUUCUCCAGCUCGUCUAUAGCUUGGCUUAUCUGGCUAUUGUCGGUGUGCAGGUCCAAAAUACAGAUGCCGAAUAGAAUGGGGAGGACAUAGAGCAGGUCUGCUCUAGCGUUGACCCUGAACCACACAAAUUUCACAACUGUGGACAUUGAAUAAAAGGCAAGGUUGGAAAGAAGGAAC